AUGGCAGCUCCUGCAUUGCCCAUCGUCUGGAAAGAUGCCGCUGGCGAGAACAACUACGAAAAAGAACGCGUCGACCGCAUCUUCAACGCCAUAAAACCCAACCGGUAUCCACGAGCCAUAAUUAAGGCAACUCACCCAUCGCAUGUGCAAGAAGCUGUUCAACUGGCCAAUAAGCUGCAAUGCAGAGUUUCAGUGAGAUCUGGGGGCCACAGCUGGGCCGCAUGGAGUGUUCGCGACGACGCGAUUUUGAUUGACUUGGAAGGGCUGCAUGAAAUUGACCUUGAUGAGGAUAAGACGAUCGUCAAAGCGUCACCAAGUACCACAGGAGCCAUGCUUAAUGAAGUACUUGUUCCAAAGGGAUUGAUGUUUGGAGGUGGACAUUGUCCUGACGUUGGAAUCGGCGGUUUUUUGCUGCAGGGUGGGAUGGGGUGGAAUUGCAAGAAUUGGGGAUGGGCGUGCGAGCAAAUUGUCGCCCUUGACGUGGUGACUGCUGCUGGUGAGGCCUUGCACUGUAGUGAGACUGAAAAUUCAGAUCUUCUGUGGUGCGCUCGAGGCGCCGGACCAGGUUUUCCAGCAAUAGUCACGAGAUUCUACUUGAAAACUCGCCAGAGACCUGCAGUGAUGUACCGGUCUACUUUCAUCUAUCCAAUUUCUGUGUACAAAACUGUUAUGGACUGGAUAACAAAGAUCUCACCCACCUCCGACCCAGGCAACGAAAUCGUGGCCGUUGGUCUCACACCCAAAGGAAUGAACGAAAUAUGCAUAAUGGCCCAUAUUGUCACAUUUCAAGAAUCUGAGUCGGCUGCUCGCGAGGCCCUGCGACCCCUAGACGAAUCCCGCCCCGUUGGUGCCUUAGUUGAACUCGUAUCACAACCCACCAGCAUUGCCGAUCAAUACGUGGAUCAAGCACACGCAAACCCGGAAAACCAUCGCUAUUGCGCUGACAACGCGUAUAUAAAGAAUGAUGCGGAUGUAACCGGUGUGUUGGAGAAAGCAUUCACAAGCCUUCCACAUCGCAAGAGUUUUGCGCUUUGGUUUUCUAUGGUACCUACAAGUAGGCGGCCAAUGCCUGAUAUGGCGUGCAGUAUGCAGAGCGAUCAUUACUUUGCAUUGUAUACGGUUUGGGAGGAUGCGGAGGAUGACGUGCGGUGUCAGGGAUGGGUCAAAAACAUUAUGAGGGAAGUCGCGCCGAUGUCUGAGGGCGCUUAUCUUGGGGAUUCAGAUUUUCAGGUUAGAAGAACCAAGUUUUGGUCGGAUGCGGCGGCGGCGAAGCUAAUGAGCCUGAGGAGGAAAUGGGAUCCAAAAGGAACGGUUUCUGGGUAUUUAGAUGAGGGGGAUGCGUCUGGGACGGAAGGAUUGGAUAACCAGAACUGGAUCAAAAGUUAA